AUGGUCGGGUGCCUUGCGUGCGCCUUGAUGGCUGUUUCGUUCAUGUCCCAGGCCUCGAUCCAUGCCUAUGAGUACCUGGAUACGGACUGGGAACGGUCUGGGGGUGAUCCUUUGCCAGAAGAGGAGCAGCACCGGCGCGCGAGUCACGCUGGCGUAAUGCCUCCCUCGGAGCAAUUUCGCCAGCGCGUGGAGCUCAUUCGCUCACUCCAAACGACCUCGGACAUUAUUGGUUUUCACGCUCACUGUAUGUCACGCACCUGCACUAGCCCCAGGCAAUCCGCUGGCUAUUGCCAGUGUAUGAUCAGCUUCUGCCCUGUGCGGCCUACGAGGCACACCCACACCGCUUACAAUGGCGUCCUGAACUCCACCAUUAUUUUGCCGAGCAGGUAUGGUAUUGCUGCAAGAGGUAGCACUCACGGGAGUGCCACCAACGAACCGGGGCAGGUUGCAGCGAUUGAUGAGCCGCUCGUCCUUCAAAACACGUUUGCCACCCAACUCCCCGCCAUGAAGCUGUGGACGGUGGAGCACAUUAUCAAGCAUAUGGAUCAACUCGAAGGCGUCAAGAUCAUCACGCGUCGAGCCACGGAUCAGGACACGCCGUUCUUCUACAAUCAUGGUAGCCCGAUGAGCAGUGUGAAUACGCUGGUGGGGAACUACGUGCCCACCGCGUACACCCGCGUCAACAUGAGUGCGGCCGAAUUUUUCCAGCGUUGGAACGAUACCACUCAAUCCACAGCCGUUAGCCACAGCUGCUUUUUGCAUGAGCUGCCGUCCGCGCUCAGCCGCGAGUUCCAGCCCGUCGAGCCUUUUGUGGUGGUACAGCCCGGUGUCAGCCCGGAGGAUAACCAUCUCCAUCGUCAGACACGCGUUUGGUUCAGCGGAGCACGCACCACGACGCCCGCCCAUUUUGACCUCUUUCACAAUUUCUUCAUUCAAGUGCACGGACACAAGCGCUUUCUGCUGUAUCCACCAGCACGUUGGCAACAGCUAUACAUGUGGCCCAUUCUUCAUCCAGCUGGACGCUCUAUGCAGGUGGAUUUAAACGGUGAUUAUGAGGAUCAACAACGGCGAUUCCCCAACUUUCGGCGCCGUGCCGAGGCGCUCGAGGUCGUUGUUGGGCCGGGAGAUGUGCUUUAUAUUCCACCGCUGUGGAUUCAUCACGUGACCUCUCUCGAGGCCAGCAUCUCCGUGUCCGUGUGGACACAAAACCCGGCCAUUGAGACGGCAGCUCAGGCAUUUGAACAGCUGCCGCUGCCCAUCAAGCGUGCGUGGUCGCGCGAUCAACAACUGGCCGCACUUCGUCUCUCGCUGCAGUCUUUAAUUGCGUCCUUGCAGUUGGACAUGACCACGGCCGAGUUUGUCGACUGGACGCUGUUGCAGAAUCGUUACCUUCAUGUCGGCUCAGUGACUGAGCCUGAAGGACGAUUUUGUGAGCAGCCUGACUUGACCAGUGAUCUGCUUUUAGAAGAGGAGGAACUGUUUCGCGCUCAUGUGCGUUCAUUGCUGCGCGUUUUUCAAAACGUGCGCCGGCUGGGGGGUUUCGAUCGUAUGGUGAUCGAGCUCGCCAACUAUUUUGAGCUGGCAACCAACAGUAUUUUGGCUGUCGAAGAUGUGAAGCAGUUUUUUCACGACCUUGUCAUCUGCUGAUAGCUCCAUCUCAAAGGUUGAAACCCAUUGGUGGGCUUAAAAGUUGGCGGAAAAAAAUACGGCGGGAAGCGGGUCUUCUCACGUCCAUCUGCCGACAUCCGAAAAAUUUCCCGAACUUAAAAGAGAGCGCCAUACUGGUC